GCCGCGGGGGUCGCAGGAAUUGUCCAGCCUGCUCCCACAAGUGGAUGAGUAGACAGCAGUGAUUGAACUAAGUGCCAGCAAGGGGUUGUCCUUGGUUUUGUGCCUUGUAGCACUCUUCAAGUUCUUUGCACGUCUUCUACAGCAACUUUUAAAAAAUGAAGCAGUUGAAAAGAAAAAGGAAAAGUAAUUUUAGUGUUCAAGAAACUCAGACCCUUUUGAAAGAAAUUACCAAAAGGAAAGAAGUCAUUUUUUCUAAGCAGCUCAACACAACAAUAAAUGUGAUGAAGCGAAUGGCAUGGGAGGAGAUUGCACAGUGUGUGAAUGCCGUAGGAGAAGGGGAACAGAGGACAGGGACAGAAGUGAAAAGGAGAUACCUUGACUGGCGAGCACUUAUGAAGAGAAAGAGAAUGAAGGCAAACAUUAAACUGGUUGGUUCAGGGUACCCCCUUCCCACAUCUGAUUUAGAUGACUCGCUCACUGAAGAGAUAGAUGAGAAGAUUGCAUUCCGAAAUGAUGCAAAUUUUGACUGGCAGAAUGUGGCAGAUUUCAGGGAUGCAGGUGGAUCCUUAACAGAGGUCAAAGUGGAAGAGGAAGAAAGGGAUUCCCAGAGUCCUGAAUUUGAGAUUGAGGAGGAGGAAGAAAUGUUGUCAUCUGUCAUACCAGAUUCCAGAAGGGAAAAUGAGCUUCCGGAUUUUCCCCACAUUGAUGAGUUUUUCACCCUCAACUCAACACCUUCUAGAUCUGCAUAUGAUGAGCCCCAUUUACUUGUAAACAUAGAGAAACAGAAACUUGAGUUGGAAAAACGACGACUGGAUAUUGAGGCAGAAAGACUGCAGGUAGAAAAGGAACGCCUGCAGAUAGAGAAAGAGAGGCUGCGACAUUUAGAUUUGGAGCACGAGCGGCUGCAGCUGGAGAAGGAACGGCUCCAGAUUGAGAGAGAGAAGCUCAGGCUACAGAUAGUUAGUUCUGAAAAACCAUCUCUGGAAAAUGAACUUGGCCAAGGUGAAAAGUCUGUACUUCAGCCACAGGACAUAGAAACAGAGAAGUUGAAACUUGAGCGAGAGCGCUUGCAGCUGGAAAAAGAUAGGCUGCAAUUUUUGAAGUUUGAAUCAGAAAAGCUGCAGAUUGAAAAGGAACGCUUACAAGUGGAGAAAGAGAGACUUCGAAUUCAGAAGAAGGACAUUUGCAGUGACCUUUUUAGGUCUCCAUUUAGCAAAUGUUUGUAAACUGUAGUUGUUUCUGGUUUCAGGUGAUAUAAGGUGGUUGGCUGGAUUAUCUAUGUUUUUUUUCUUUUUAGUUUCUUUUCCAGUCUAAUGUCAGUGUUUCCAGUAGGAAAAAGAUAUAUGUGGGUAACUGUAUGCUUAUGUAGUAUAUAAUAUAAAUGCUCUGUGCCCUUGCAUAAACGUAACUGCAGAAGAUUAUUGUGCUAGGCUCUUACAUUAGUGCUAUUGAUUAGCGUCUUGUAUUAUCUGUACCCCAGAGUUUACAAUUCUGUCUUUGUAACAUUCUAGUCCAGUGGUUCUCAUGUGGGGUUGAUUUUGACCCCCAGAAGACAUUUGGCGCUGUCUGGAGACAUAUUUGGUUGCCAAAAGUGGGUUGAGGA